CCCAUAUAUCUCGAAUAUAUAUUUUUAUAUACAAAUUGAGACUUUCUUUAUUUAAUUGACAAUAGAAUACAUAAUAUAUCAUUAUUAUAAAUUAAGUACGAGAGACCAAUAUUAAUUAAUUUGCCCCAAAAUAUAUACCAACUCACUACUCACUACUUCUUCUCAACCUAAUUAUAUAUAUACACACACACAUACAUGUAGUUGUAUAUAAUAUAUAUGAGUGUGUUGUAGAGAGAAGAGAAAUCUAAGAAUGAUUAAUUAAUAAGUUGUAUAUAUAUUUAUUGAGUGAGUGCAAUUAAUAGUUAAUCAUAUAUAUAUGUAAUGAUGAUGCGGAACAUGGGAAGCACAAACCCGAAUCGAGGCAUUGCGGCGGUUGUCGGAGUUGGACCCAAGCUCGGUCGAUCCAUCGCCCGGAAAUUCGCCCAUGAAGGCUAUACCGUCGCCAUCCUCGCUCGCGACUUAGGAAAGUUGUCGAGAUUUGCAGACGAAAUAGCUAGGGAGGAGAAAGCUCAAGUGUUCGCCAUAAGAAUCGAUUGCUCUGAUUCACGGAGUGUGAAAGAGGCAUUCGAAGGGGUUUUAUCGUUGGGAUUUGUUGAGAUACUUGUUUACAAUGCAUACCAACCACUCUCUAAUAAUUGGCACCCUUCCAAUUUCACCGACAUUCGAAUCGAUUCCUUCGAGAAAUCCCUCGCCGUCUCCUCUGUCGGCGCUUUCCAUUGCGCCCAGCAGGUUCUUCCGGGUAUGGUUGAAAGAGGAAGAGGGACUAUUCUCUUUACUGGAUGUUCAGCUUCUCUUAAUGGCAUUGCUGGUUACUCUGAACUAUGCUGUGGGAAGUUUGCAUUGAGAGGACUUUCCCAAUGUUUGGCUAAAGAGUUUCAACCACUCGGAAUUCACAUCGCUCAUGUCAUCAUCGAUGGACUCAUUGGCUCACCAAGGGGAUCAGGGAGUUCCUCAGCACAGAGGAUUACGUCGUCGGGUAUUGGAGAACAUACUAUACAGAGCGGAGGAGGAGGAGGAGGAGAUGGGUCAGUAAUGGAUCCAGAUGCAGUGGCUCAAACCUAUUGGUAUUUGCAUCUUCAAGAUCGAACCACUUGGACCCAAGAGAUCGAUCUUCGUCCUUCUACCACCACAUUCACCUGAAAUCAAAUCAAACUCUCUCUCUCUCUCUCUCUCUCUCUCUCUCUCUCUCUCUCUAUAUCAUAUAUAUAUAUUCAAUUAAAAAAAAUGUUGGGUCAUUAUUUACUUGCCCAUCAUUAUUUUUAAUAACGGUUUCAGUAUACUACUACUACUACUAUUACGUUCUCAAUUAUUAUUACAUGCACAGUUUCAUUCCAAAAACACCACUAUCACCAUCACCAUCGAGAUUAUUAUUUGCCUCUUUUCUCAACUGGCCAAUACCAUAAUCAUCACAUAUAUACGAGCAGCCAUACACUGAGAGGGGCCAAUACCACAUCAUCCAAAAUGAUAUUUUCCCACUUGACUUGGGGUAUUCAAUCAACAUUAUUACUGUUUUGUUUUUGUGUUUACUUUCAUUGUUGUUGUCUUCUAAGUUUGUUCACUUGGUUUGGUUUCGAUAUUGGUUUCAAGAAGAACAGUGUUAUUAAUGAAUUAUAGAUGAUAUUUUUUUUUUC